ACUGCAUUCCAAUAUAGUAAGUGAUUAAGAUGGGGACGCAGUGGAUGACUGAUUAGCACAUCUGCCUCACAAUUCUGGAGUGAUGUUUUUAAUUUAAAGUAGAAGUAGUCUGUUUAUCAUAAAGAAUACUGUAUUACAGUUAAUUACAGUUUAAGGUCCCUCUGCUGGCUAUAGUAAGACUGUACGUAGGGUUGUAAAUUUUUUAACUUUCCUUUUCCAAAAUCAGUCAUGUAACAUGAUUGGAUGAAACUUGUAGUCUAAUUAAAGAAACCAUACUCCAUUUUCAACAUUCUUUAAAAAAAAAAAAUCCCCCCGAAACAGAAAAAAGUAUUAAAUAUACAUUACAGCCAAUGAUAUGAAAUGCAAAACCGUGUUAAAUCAUCGAAAAGGCCAUUACAAGUCAAUUUGACUGAAAAUGGAUCAAAGAUAAGUUGCACAGUUGUCAUAAUGUAUACGAGUUUCGGUCUGUACUCUUACAUUCACUUUAUAAGUCAUGUACGGGUAAAUUUGGGGAAAUCUGUCCCGUUUAGUAGUGAUAUAUCAUAGCCUACGGUUAUCCCAAAUCCUGGAGUUUAAAUUUCUAAUUUCACUUUUACUAUACAAACCAAGUAAGAGUUGAGGAAAUCUGUUUUUCUUCAACUAGUGAUAUGCCUGCUGUCUCUAACGUUGUCUCCAAAACAUUCAACCUUCCUGUCCCUCAAUUGAGCUCAUUUCUGAUCCUAUCCAAACUCGUCACUCCUAGAGCGAGGGCACAACACCUACAGGCAAUUUAGGGUCUCCAAUUAACCUACCAUGCAUGUCUUUGGGAUGUGGGAGGAAACCGGAGUGCCCCCCCAAAAAAAAAUGCAGGCACGGAGAGAACAUGUAAACUCCACACAGGUUUCAAUGCAAAAGGAAGUUGGAUCUAUUGGGGGCUGUACUUUAUCAAUUCAUGAAUGAAAAUUACCAACACAUUCAAGAGAAAUCCCACGAGACGAUGGCACUUUACCGGAGAAAAAGUAAUGUGAAUGCUGCUGAAGUGCUGAGCUGGAGGGGGAGAGGAAUCAGAGAUGGUGGAACUCUAACUAGGCUCAAUAUAAAAGUCCUCAGGGGCAUCCUUUUAGGAGACAAUAGGGAUUUUCAUAAAGUGUGGAGCAAGACCUCAAAAUCUACAAUAAUGUAUGAAAAUGGUAAGAUCUAUCUGGAUAACUACCUGAAGUGCUACAGCUGUGUUCAUUCCAAGCCUCAUGCUCUCUACAAUUUGCCUUCACGAUCUAAAAUUGAUAAGUUUGAAGAUACCUUGCUGUGUCAGAGCCCACUUGAAACCACACUGGCGUCUCCUUCUGAUCACAAGCCCAGCCUUUUGUUUUUGACAGCCAAUAAUUGGUUGUAUCGCUUAUCGGACGCAACAGGACAGGAGUUGGAGGGAGUUUUCCUCUCUUCAAAACACAAGUUCAGGUAUUUAAGUUGGGAUGUUUCUCAAGAGAUAUUUUAUGUAAAAUCUGUUCAAAGGAAAGGCCCACGCUUAUCGGGGCAGGCUGGUGUAACACAGAAUACAAUGAUUCAUCUGGCCAUAUUCAAAGUUUUUCCCUUACAAAUUGUGGGCAUGAUGGAAGUCAACAAACGGGUAUUCGGGAGCGGCUUUACUGAUGUCGUUUUAUCUCAGGGUGUCCUGGCUGUUUCCUAUAACAAGGCCGUGAAGCUGUUUAGUUUUGAGCACAUUGUGGAAAAGUACUUGGUGGAGAAAUUAAUGCUUGGAAAGGCAAGUUCCCUUCUCAAUGGCAACACAGUGGGAGAUAUUCCAUUUGGCAUCCCAAUAAAUAUCCAGAUCACAGAUUGCCCUCCGGUGCUUUUUGAAGUGUCCUGCUCCAAUAACGGUGUGCAGAUCGGAGGCUUUCCUUGGCACUACAUUCACACACCUCUGCAAAACUGUCACCAAGGGACUCACCACUUCUGCUCACUUAAAGACAGUACGAUGGCCAUAAAUGGAAUACAGAACAUGAAGUGUAACUCUUUAGAGAGUGAUGUAAUUUUCUUCCAUCCCGAUGAUUCAGGAAGAAUCAUUCACGUGGGGCCCAGCACCAUUAACAUUCUAAAAAUCCUUGGUGAGUUUAACAGUGGAUUGCCAUCAAAGGUAGUAAAAGAUUUCUCAAUGGCAACUCAUCAAACCAACAUUUCUACCUCACAAGUUACUGUCACCUCGUCAGGCCGCACAGUGAGGAAACGAUUCCAACGACUCGACGAUGAUCCUGAUCAGGAGACCUUCCGCAUGGUAGUAUAUGAGGACGAGCUGGACCUUUUGGCAGUGGUGGUCACUAACGGUGCAGACGGGGAUGGAAGAGCACAGGUUCGACUGCAUGACAACCAGAGUGGGCGGUUACUGAAGACUGUUGAUCUCUUGGAAACAUGGGAUGAGACUUACAGACAUGAUCUGGUCUUUGACAAGGACACAAUUGUUCAUAUUGAACAAAAGAACACCAAGGUCUGCUGCCAUGUCUACAAGCUUAAGACUGACGCCAAAUAGCAUAAAAGGAGAAAUGGAGCUACUUUUAGUUUGAAAUGUCCCAUAGGUUUGUGGUUUGGAAUUCAAAACAGUGACUAUCUAACAUGAACUUUGUCUUAAAGUGACAUUUUCAUUAAAUAAAGACAAAAAAAACUGCGACUGUUGUGAGUGUCCAAAAAAAAAGGCCCCUCUGACAGCUACUUUUGUUUGACCCAGUUUUGUAUCUGCUUUGGAGAGGUAGACGGUGAUCUUCACUUGUGACAUAGAUAACCUCGAGAAAUUCGAAUUACAGGAUUUCAGGGAUCUCGGCAAAAUUACCAUUUAUAACUCGACUGCAUGGAUGAUUUUAAUUAACACAAUUACUGAAGCACCAUAACUAAAUAUCUGGAAUACUAGGAAAAGUUGGUUUGGUAAAAUAUGGGAUCUUUUAGUGUUCCACUCUGCUACUUUGCAGUGUCUAAGUGGAAUAUGUGUAUAAAUAUGUUUUUUUAAAUAAAUCAUCCCAUUAUUAUUUUGUUAUGAGAGAUGUUAUUUCAUUGUUAUUUAAAUCAGUCAAACACAAUUGUCAUCCAACUUUUAAUAAAUUGACAGGUCUCUUGACAAUGUAAUUUUAUUUAUUUUUUUAUUUUUUAAAGGAACAAAGAAUGUAUCCUGUCACAAAAACACCCUAAAAGUGGUGGUUUGGUUCUGGAUUUUGCAUGAUGACUCAUAAUUCUAUUCCUUUUUACAGUUGUUCCUUCAUACAGUUAAUGUGCUUGUGUAGAUUUGUGGCCCAAAAAAUGUUAGGUAAUCUGUACGGGCUAAGUAUAGUGUGACGUGGACCUUUUUUUUUGUCCAUUGUGAAAAUUAACAAACACAUGGAGGAGCAGCAUGGUUUCACAACAUCCGGGUGAGUCACAGUCCCUGGGAUGGUUGUGGAACUUUUACUGGCUUUUGCAGGGAACUAUUCUGAGAGCGGCAGCCAGUGAAGCAGCCAAAGAUUACAAAAAAGCCACACACUCCAAAACACACUUGACAUUAACCUUGAGGUUUUAAAAUAUGUUUUUGAACUUUGUGGCAAUCACACAUUAACCUUGAGGUUUUAAAAUAUGUUUUUGAACUUUGUGGCAAUCACACAACAUGUCAAGGCAAGAAAAACAGCUGUUCAGGGUCAAAGCCGAGGCCUGGUGUGCUUGCUAGUCAAUCACUGGUUGAUUGUAAAUGGAGCAUUGAGUGAAUGGGAAUUUAUCCCCAUCAGUUGUAUUGCAUGAUUGUCAAUGAUUUGAACCAUUACAUUUUCUGUCUCCCACUCACAAAUCUACAUAAUAAA